AUGGGCUCCACCUCAAAUCACAGCGCUGUCAGGAACGACACCGGCUCCUCCGAACAUGAGUCUUUUUCUUUGUUCCACAUCCCUGUUUUGGUGCCAGUGACCAUAAUUUCCAUCAUCUUGUUUUUCUUGGGAGUCUCUGGGGAUUUGAUAACAGUCAUUUUCAGACGCUCGCAGGAGAUGAGGACCACGGUGAACACGUACCUGUCCAGGAUGGUGCUGUCUGACACGCUGAUCUUCCUUGGCCUGCCUUCGGACCUCCACCGCCUUUGGAAGUACAAACCCUACGUCUUUGGGGAUUUUCUCUGCAAGUUCUUCGUUUACCUGAGCGAAACGUGAACGUACUGCACCAUCCUGCACAUCUCCACCGUGAGCGGGGAGAGGUACUUCACCAUCUGCUUCCUGAAAGCCAAAGCGACCAUCACCAAGUGCCGCGUAAAACGGGUCAUCCUGGCGCUCUGGGGCUGCUCCCUCCUCACCACCGGCCCCAUCCUCUUCCUCUUCGGGGUGGAACACCCCGCUGGCAGCCCGCCCCGGGAGAGCUGGGAGCGCCGAUCCAUUGAGCGCACGGCCCGCACGGGGCUGCUCGAGCCAACGACCUGGGUGCGUUGCUCCGAUGGACACAAAGACGCUAAAUCUACCUUUCGGCACCUUCCAAACGUUGUUGGGAAGACCCGUUUCCGAAACGCAUUUGACUCUCAGGAGUUCCGGCGUCGGAAACGCCUGAUGUUAGACGCCGGCAGCCGUCGGGCUCGUCUCUAG